UGACUUUUGAAUAACUUGUCGACUUUUAGUGCGCAGUAUGACCCUUAGGAUCCGCGCUCAGUUUAUCAGGUUCAGUUUAUAUGAAGUACAGACACAUUAAUGUGUGUUUUCUGUGUUUGUCGGUGCACGGGUGUAGCGUCUUGCUGUUUUAAAAUACUGUAAUAUAAUGCACUUUUGUUCGAAAGUUAGAUUUCACGAUUCGUCCGAUUUCCUUAACAAUAUUACGAAAAGAACAAUCUCUGGUUAAAGAAAAUCGCAAACGUUUGUACUGCUUAGAAUAGAUGAGUCGUUUUUGGGAGUCGAAAUAAUCGACUCUUUUUCGAGUGAGCCGAAAACAUCUGGAAUAUCCUUCAUUAGGUGUUGCCAUUGUACUCAGCAAGUGUGCUUAAUAAACCUACGACUUUUACACUAUAUUUAGUAUGGAAGUAUGCGUUUUUGAACAUUUAUUACUAUUUAGUACAGGAGCGUGCGGUUUUAGAUGACUUGCCUUAGUGUUCAGCGUUUUCGUAGACUCUGGGUCUUUGCGGUUAGAUGUGGUGGAGCAGAGGAAGGGGGAGGGGUUUCAGUGGAGAGAUGAGCAAAUAGGUGGAGUUUAUAACAAGUGGUAAGUGGAGGUCAGACAAGAACUACCUCCUCCUUUUCCUCUUCUCCUGUCCUCUUCACCAUGCUCCACGUUGAGAGAAAGCUUUGAGACUUUACCAAACCUCUCCGUAGUGAUCGUCUGAAGGUAAGAUGGGGGACCAAAACCUUACUGCCAUGCUUUCAGAGGAUGAAUUGGAGAAGACGAAGGAAAACAGGCCAGUCACGUUCUCUCAGUUCUCCUCAACUGUACGGGCCGUGGUGCGAAUUCGCCAGAAGUACCAAGCAAUGAAAAGGCGCCGAAUGGAGCGGGCAGCGUCCCUGCACAGUGCUCACUUAAUGUCACAUUGCAACGAUCAGCGCUCCAACAGCCCGAAGAUCUUCACGUUUGAUGUACCUGAUGGUAACAGUCCUGUCAACGUAAGCAAGAAAAGGAGAAAGAAAAAGGCACGUGUCCUGUUCCCCAAUAGCAGCCGCCGAGUCUUGCCCACCAAGGAGCAGAGCCGGGCCAAAAGCUGCCUGGUCUUGCUGUGCGUUGUGGUUUUCUUGCAGGUUUAUAACGCUAUUGAAAACUUAGAUGAUCAUGUGCUCAAAUACGACAUGGAAGGACUCGAAAAAACCCUUAAAAGAGAGGUUUUUGGACAGCAGGAGGCAACUGAUGGCCUCUUGGACCAUUUAAAAGAUUACUUGUCCACAUACGUACACAGUAAACCAUUAGUUUUGUCUCUUCUUGGGCCCAGUGGUGUAGGAAAGAGCCACAUAGGAAGGCUGUUGGCUCAGCACUUCCGUUCUGUAGUGGGCGAGCAGCUGGUCAUGCAGUACUUUGUGCUGCACCACUGUCCCACAGAAGGAGACGUCCCACUCUGUACCGGAACCCUGACCUCCCAAGUCUCAGAGAUAGUCACUCGGGCCGAAGAAGAGGAGAAGAUCCCCCUGUUAGUUUUUGAUGAGAUGGAGCACAUGCCUACCGAGCUGCUGGACACUGUGCAAAGUCUCAUUGUAAAAAAAGACACCAACGAAUAUUUGAAUGCCAUCUACAUCCUUAUCAGCAACCUGGAGCAGGAGGAGAUCACAAAGUUUGUGCUGCAGAACUCCACGACCAACGCUGUUUCGGGCCGAGGGCUCCUUAACAAGGAGUUGAAUAAUUUGCUGCAUAAUCAUCUUAAAAAGCACCACUUGCUUUGGCUGGAGGCUGAGUUGCUGCCUCUCACGCUUCUGGAAAAAAUCCAUGUCAUGGAAUGUUUUAUUGAUGAGAUGUCCCGAGAAGGAUUUUACCCAGAACGCUCUCAUGUAGAAAGACUGGCAGAUGAGCUGGGUUACUAUUCUGUGGGUGAACGAGAGUUUUCACGCACUGGAUGUAAGCAGGUGGUGGCAAAAGUGAAUCUUCUGUGAAGCCCAAAGCACGUUACACUGAGCUCAUGCGGAAGUGAGUACUGUUAGAACAAUAAUACACUGACGCAUCAUGAUCAGUACUAAUCUGUGAUGGCUGAAAAUGACUGGCAUGGUUUUCUUGUUAUUUUACAGCUCUAAAGAUGAUCGUUACUAAUGAUGAAUUUUAAAGAAUGUAUUUAAUGCAUUUGUUCCCCUCCAAUACAUUAGUUAAAAAAAAAAAGCAUCAGUGACUGUUUCUCUCUCAUGCUCGCUCUCAUACACACAGUGUGUGAAAGGAUUCCUGUGUACUUUGUUUUGUAGUUGGCUGUUACUAGUAAACAUUUGUAGGAUGUUUAACAAAAAGUAAAUUCUCCCAAGGGAAACUAGGGCAGGGUAGCUGAGAGGCCUUUCAGUACACUGUAAUAUGUCAGGGCAGAUCCACAAUGCCAAAGGUUUCAGUGAUAUUCUAGAAUAGAUAAGAGUUAAACAAAAGAAAAAGGUGAAAGUACUGAAACUGAAAGGGGGUUGGGGAUUUCUUGAGAUCACCAUUAAACCUCUUCAUAUAAGCUGUAA